AUGGCGCCUCUCAUGAACGACCAAGAACCUUCCACAGCUAAUGUUGACAGAAUAGACAAUGCGUGGAAGCCUCGCCUUCUCAUCAUCGGAGCUGGCUCCCGCGGGAAUGCAUAUGCGAGAGCUACAGUGGACUCUGGUCGGGGAAUUGUUGCAGCUGUCGCGGAACCUAUCGAUUUCAAGCGAAGAUGGCUCGGAGCACGGUACGCAUGGCCAACAUCAGAGCCAAGUCCGGGCCAAGAAUUCGACCAUUGGAACAACUUCAUCAGAUAUGAGCAGCAAAGACGGAAAGAUGAGACGGCUGGAUUGCCUGUACCCCCCGGUGUUGACGGCGCUUUCAUCUGCGUACGUGACGAGAUGCAUGUCGAAGUCUUGAUCGCCAUUGCUCCGCUCGGUCUGCAUAUUAUGAGCGAGAAGCCGCUGGCAACAUCCUUGACAGACUGCUUGCGGAUCGAGAAGUCCUUGCGGGCUGCACCGGAGAGAAUCUUUGCCAUUGGCCAUGUACUACGAUACAGUCCUCAUAACAUGCUUCUUCGGCAUCUUGUGCGCGGGAAGCGAGUCAUCGGUGAUGUGAUCUCCAUUGAGCAUACAGAACCUGUCGGCUGGUGGCAUUUCAGCCAUUCUUACGUGCGCGGCCAUUGGAGGAAGGAGUCACAGACAGCGCCUAGUCUUCUGACCAAGAGCUGUCACGAUAUUGACUUUAUACUGUGGAUGCUAUGUUCGCCACCACCCGAGAGCAACCAAAGCGCCCACCUUCCGGCACGACUGACAUCGAGCGGAUCUCUGAAGCAAUUCCGAAGAUCUCAGAAACCGAAAGCCGCUGGCAAUGCCACUAAUUGCUUAUCUUGUCCGAUCAAAGAUUCCUGUAAAUAUUCAGCUGAGCGAAUAUACUACGACAAGCACUUGGCCAAAGGCAACGCAAAAUGGCCUGUCGAGAUUGUCAACCCGGAGAUUGAGGAUCUUCUGCUCACAUCGGCUCCAGCAAGAGCGAAAGACGCCCUGAUGUCCUCGCUUGCCAAAGACUACGACGUCGCAUCCACCAGUGUGGAAGAGAUCGCAGCGCGACCCUGGUUCGGACGUUGCGUUUGGGAAAGUGAUAACGAUGUCUGUGACGAUCAAUAUGUUACCAUCGAAUGGGAUGACGAAGAAGAUACAAGCGACCGCCUUCUGGAUCGAAAGGCAAAGACUGCCAAUUUCCAUAUGAUUGCUCAGUCCCUCGCGCAGUGUGAGCGGAGAGGCCGCAUCUACGGCACGUCGGGAGAGAUUUCCUACGACAGCAAGAGCAUUACGGUACAUGAUUUCGAGAACGACACUACACAGACGUACAAUCCUGAAGUGCCGAAGAACUCGCAUCAUGGUGGUGGUGAUGAUGGUCUGACUCAGCAAUUUCUCAAGGCGAUUGCGGCUUCUGUGACGGGCACCAUGAGCGUGAGCGAAGCGCAAACCGAGUUUAUGGGGUGUACUAUGGAGGAAGUCAUUCGCUCACAUGCUGCUGUGUUUGCUGCAGAGGAAGCGAGACGGGAGAGGAAGGUUGUAUGCUGGAAGGAAUGGUGGGCCCAACGAGUUGACUCAAGUACUUGA